AUGUCUUACCGCCGGGUUCUAGCAGUAUUGGUUUCCUUCCUCGCCAUUGCGCUGGCCUGGCAGCCACCGUCGUAUAGCGGCUAUACGCGAAAAUGGAAGGCGGACUUCAUCGGUCCACGAGACUCGCUGCCAGAUUCUCGCAACUGGAAUAUUAUCACUGGCGACAAUAACUACAACAACGAAUCCCAGACGUACUCGAGCAACAAACUCAACCUCCGACGAACUUCCAAGGGCACCCUUCAGCUGGUCCCGAGAAAAAAGGUCUCAGCUAAGAAGGGUUGGACGUCUGCGCGCAUCGAGAGCACAUACACUUUCACUCCGACGGCCGGAAAGAUCACCAGGUUCGAGUCUUCGCUCCGUCUAGGCAGAAACGCUGCGGUACACAAGCAGAGCAUCUGGCCUGCUUUCUGGCUCCUCGGAGACUCUUGUCGGAAAGGUGGACUGUGGCCAGCCUGCGGAGAAGUUGAUGUCAUGGAAAACGUCAACGGACAAAAAAUCGCAUACGGCAGUGUGCACUGCGACGUAUCACCCGGCGGCAUUUGCAACGAAAAUACAGGUCUCACAAACACAACCUCCCUCUUGGACAGCAAGUACCACGUCUGGCGUGUGGAAUUCAACCGCAAGAGCACCAACUACAAGAGCCAGUAUAUUACUUGGUAUAUGGACGGCAAACAAUUUCACCGUGUUACCGGUUCCCAGAUUAGUAACUCCACGGUGUGGAAGUCUCUGUGCCAGAGCCCGCUUUACACCAUUUUCAACGUCGCUGUCGGCGGCUACUGGCCUGGAUAUCCGAACUCUCAGACAUGGGGGGGAAUGGACAGCAUGAUGGAGGUUGGAUACGUUGCCCAUUACGUGUCGACCUAG